AUGCACGUGGCUCAGGUACACAUUUCCCCACUUCAGGCACUGGAGCACAGGUGUAAGGCUGGGAUGGGAUACCAUGCUCUGUUGGACCCUCAUGGUUGUAGCUUACACAGCAAAUGAACUGCUCAGAGUGUGAAAUGUGCUAAGACAAUGCCUUAAAUAGUUAUUUGCAGGUUAUCUGUCAAAGCCUGGCUGUUACAAAGAUAAAUCAAUGUAGCCCAGUGAUAGAGUUGAAAAGAGAAAGGCUUUUUGUAUCAACUUUUAAGAUGUGUUUGCCAGCACAUUUCCCCUGUGAGUUGAAAGGAAUGAGUAUUUUCAUAAUAUUAGAAAAUCUAUUCCUCUGUCUCUUUGUCUCUUUUUCUCUUCAUUAGGUUUGACUAAACAGUAAAGAAAUCCAUCCAUCUGUGGUAGUGUCAGUAAAGUGGUCUGUGUUUUCCUCUCUGCUGGUACUACAGUACUGUUUCAAGAUCAUUUACAUUCUGCUCAGAGCUGUGCGUGAUCUUUUUGGCAGCUUUGUGCAUUUACAUUAACUGCUGGAUUGUAAUAAUUUUCAAAUAGAUUGUCUGAAAGUAGAGGGGUUUUGGUAUAUAUUUAUAGAUGAAUAUUCCUGUCUGUGGGUUUAUUUUAUGUCUUGUACAUUUACCUAACUAGUACAAACGUGGCUCUAGGAAGAAUCUUGUUAGAUCAAAAUGCAGAGCUUUUCACUGUCACCAUUCUAGAGAUGGACAAUAUUGCCUAUUGAAUUUCCUUUUUGAUUCUGGAAACCAUUUGGAUUUAGAAGGCUAUUUAGGAGGUAUUUUUUAGAGGGUUUUUUUGUUUUUUUGUUGGGCUGGGGGUUUUUUUGGUUGUUUUUUUUUUUUUUUUUUUUUUGAGGAAGAAGGAAGGAAGCCUUGGUGUUUAGAUUAUAUUGUUUAUAGUGUGUUUGUAUUAUUGAAACACAUGAGAACUAACCUAAAUAGUAAUCUAAUGUUUUUGAGUGGACCUUGGAAGUCUGAUUUAACUGCCUUGUAGAUCUUAUCCCUGUUUUUCAGAUAAUGUUUGACAAAUAUGUGGAUAUUUUGUUGUACAGAGGUGGUGUUUUCAAUUUACAUUAAUGUCCAUCUAAUGUGUGGAGAAGCUUUUAGUUGAUACACAGCAAGAUUUUCUGCUAGAAGGAACAUUUUGUUGUCUCUUCCAUCCAUACAACUAUGAAUGGCAAAGAGAUUUGUGAAUGCUAAGUUUUAUAUGACCUUUUCAGAGAGCAGUUACCAAAGUGGACCCAGUUCUGCUUGUUUUUGGAAAAGCUUUUCAUUUAAUGACAGUGCUUCAGUUUAAACUAUGUGUUCUAAGAACUGGUUUGUGUUCCCAGCACUGCAGGGGAAAAAGCUCAACGUGCAUGUUUGAGAAAAUGCCAAAGAGUACAUGCAGGGGAAUUCCAGGACUGGUGAAAAUUUGAGGAGAAGGAUGGAACUGAAAUAUGGAUAUGUGUUGACAAAGGAGUGGGAAUAAGACUGAGUUCUGCUCUGUGAUAUUUAUAUACCUGGACCAUGAACUUGCUUUUUGGCUUUAUGCUUUAGGAACCUUUGUAGUAACUGUGUGAAGCUGUUGGGAAUCAUGGCAUUCUCUCCAUGGAAGCUGUCCUCCCAGAAACUUGGCUUUUUUCUGGUGACUUUUGGUUUUAUUUGGGGAAUGAUGCUUCUGCAUUUUACUAUUCAGCAACAAACACAACACGAAAGCAGUUCAGUCCUGCGUGAGCAAAUUUUGGACCUCAGCAAAAGAUACAUCAAAGCAUUAGCUGAAGAAAAUAAAAAUGUAGUUGAUGGGCCUUAUGUUGGGACAGUGACAGCAUACGAUUUGAAGAAGACACUUGCUGUCCUGUUGGAUAAUAUCUUGCAGCGCAUUGGAAAGUUGGAGUCCAAGGUGGAAAAUCUUGUACUUAAUGGAACAGGAGCAAACUCGACCAACAAUACUACCACUUCUGCUCCCAGCUUAGGAGCAGCUGAAAAGCUUAAUGUAGCAGAUCUCAUAAAUGGAGCCCAGGAACAGUGUGAAUUGCCUCCUAUGGAUGGUUUUCCUCACUGUGAAGGGAAAAUAAAGUGGAUGAAAGAUAUGUGGCGAUCAGAUCCCUGUUACGCAAGCUAUGGUGUAGAUGGGUCCACGUGCUCCUUUUUUAUUUACCUCAGUGAGGUUGAAAAUUGGUGUCCUCGUUUACCUUGGAGAGCAAAAAAUCCUAAUGAAGAAACUGAUCAGAAAACAGUGGCUGAAAUUCGUAUCAACUUUGAUAAUCUCUACAAAAUGAUGUCAAGGCAUGAGGAAUUCAGGUGGAUGAUGUUGCGCAUCAGAAGAAUGGCUGAUACCUGGAUUGAAGCCAUUAAAUCUCUUGCAGAAAAACAAAAUUUGGAGAAAAGAAAACGAAAAAAGAUCCUUGUUCAUUUGGGGCUUUUGACAAAAGAAUCUGGAUUCAAGAUUGCAGAAAAUGCGUUUAGCGGUGGCCCACUUGGUGAACUAGUGCAGUGGAGUGAUUUAAUUACAUCUCUCUACUUACUGGGCCAUGACAUCAGGAUUUCAGCUUCACUGGCAGAGCUCAAGGAGAUUAUGAAGAAGGUUGUAGGUAACAGAUCUGGCUGCCCAACCCAGGGGGAUAAAAUUGUAGAACUCAUUUACAUUGAUAUUGUGGGACUGACUCAGUUUAAGAAAACCCUUGGUCCAUCAUGGGUUCAUUACCAGUGUAUGCUACGAGUUUUGGAUUCCUUUGGCACUGAGCCAGAGUUUAACCAUGCCCAUUAUGCCCAGUCUAAAGGCCACAAGACACCCUGGGGAAAGUGGAACCUCAAUCCACAGCAGUUUUAUACAAUGUUCCCGCACACUCCAGAUAACAGCUUCCUUGGAUUUGUAGUAGAGCAGCAUCUGAAUUCCAGUGACAUUAAGCACAUUAAUGACAUCAAAAGGCAGAAUCAAUCUCUCGUUUAUGGCAAAGUAGAUAAUUUCUGGAAGGAUAAGAAGGCUUAUCUGGAUGUCAUCCACACCUACAUGGAGGUCCAUGGGACUGUUCAUGGGACAAGCACCAUGUACAUUCCUGGCUAUGUCAAGAACCAUGGAAUACUCAGCGGGAGGGAUUUGCAGUUUCUACUGAGGGAAACCAAACUGUUUGUUGGUCUUGGAUUUCCAUAUGAAGGGCCAGCUCCCUUGGAGGCUAUUGCCAAUGGAUGUGCUUUCCUAAAUUUAAGAUUUAACCCACCAAAAAGUAGCAAAAAUACAGAUUUUUUCAAAGGCAAACCUACACUCCGAGAGUUGACAUCUCAGCAUCCUUAUGCUGAAGUUUACAUUGGGAAGCCCCAUGUGUGGACUGUGGAUAUCAAUGAUCUUUCUGAGGUGGAGAAGGCUGUGAAAUCAAUUUUGAAUCAAAAGAUUGACCCUUAUUUGCCCUAUGAAUUUACCUGUGAGGGAAUGCUUCAGAGGAUGAAUGCCUUUAUUGAAAGACAGGAUUUCUGUCAUGGGCAGGUGAUGUGGCCCCCAUUAAGUGCCCUUCAAGUAAAAAUUGCUGAACCUGGAAAAUCCUGUAAGCAAGUCUGUCAGGAAAGCCAGCUCAUCUGUGAGCCUUCCUUCUUCCAGCAUCUCAACAAGGACAAAGCUCUGCUUAGGCAUAAUAUCGAAUGUCUCACCAUGGAGUCUGCCAAUGAUAUCCUGGUCCCCUCUUUUGAUGGAAGGAGGAAGCACUGUGUUUUCCAGGGUGACCUGCUACUGUUCAGCUGUGCUGGCUCCCACCCUGCCCACAGAAGGAUCUGCCCCUGCAGGGACUACAUCAAGGGGCAGGUUGCACUGUGCAAGGACUGCCUAUAG